GAGGUGGGAGUGAGCAGCGGAGACACCAACAGAUCUGCGCGAGCUAGAGAGAGAGAGAGAGAGAGACCGUGUGUGCGCGAUUGCACCACCGCAUCCUUGCCACUCAACUCAACAUCAUGCUUUGAAGGAUGACAUGAGCGUUAUUUGUUUUAUGUGUUGAGACCUAAUAGUUCUGGAUGGAUCUCCAAUGCAACUGAUAUACCCGGUCACGACGUCCAACGAAACCGUCUCCUUUGCCUUGGCACUAAUUCAGAAGACGUUGUGACAUAGACUAUGGCCUUGGUUAUGGAACCAAUCAGUAAAUGGACAGCCAAGCAAGUCCUGGACUGGAUGAAAGGCCUGGAUGACUGUCUGCAGCAGUACAUCAAGAACUUUGAGCGGGAGAAGAUCAGCGGGGAGCAGCUCCUGCACAUCACGCACCAGGAGCUGGAGGAGCUGGGGGUGACGCGCAUCGGACACCAGGAGCUCAUCCUGGAGGCUGUGGACCUGCUGUGCGCUCUGAACUAUGGCUUGGAGACAGAGAACCUCCGGACCCUGUCCCACAAACUCAACGCCUCUGCCAAGAACCUACAGAACUUCAUCCUGGGACGGCGCCGCGGGGGUCACUACGACGGCCGGGCCUCACGCCGGCUCCCAAACGACUUUCUCACCUCAGUGGUGGACCUGAUCGGGGCGGCCAAGAACCUCCUGGCCUGGCUGGACAGGUCCCCAUUCGUCAGUGUGACUGAAUACUCACUGCUCAAGAACAACAUAGUUCAGCUGUGUCUAGAGUUGACCACCAUUGUACAACAGGACUGUACUGUGUACGAGACAGAGAACAAGAUCCUCCAUGUGUGUAAGACUCUGUCUGGGAUCUGUGACCACAUCAUCUCGCUAUCGUCCGACUCACUGGUCUCUCAGUCGGCCCACCUGGAGGUGGUGCACCUGACCAACAUCAUGCCCAGUGAAGGCCUGGGGAUGUACAUCAAGUCGACGUACGACGGGCUACAUGUGAUCACGGGGACCACAGAAAACUCUCCUGCUGACCAGUGUAAGAAGAUCCACGCUGGGGACGAGGUGAUUCAGGUCAACCACCAGACUGUGGUGGGCUGGCAGCUGAAGAACCUGGUGAAUGCCCUGCGGGAGGACCCCAGCGGCGUCAUCCUCACACUGAAGAAGAGGCCCCAGAACACCCUGAGCUCCACGCCCGCGCUGCUGAAGAACGUCCGCUGGAAGCCCCUGGCCCUGCAGCCCAUCUCAACCAACUCCACCAGUACGUCCACGACCCCUAGCAGCACAAUGGCCUCUCAGAUCGACGGCUCCAACAUGCAGGACGUCUUUAUCCUGUCCCCCGUCUCUGGACUCUACGGAGCCAGAGACGAGAUGGGCAUAAUGUCCUGUGACAACAUCGGCAAAUACAGCAUGAGCAAGUCCAGCUCUAAAUGCUCGGAGUCCCUGAGCUACUAUCUGGACCAGGAGAGCGGCAAGUUCUACUCGCUAAUGGAGGGGGAGGGGGUCCCCGUUGGCCCUGAGUACGACAGGGGUCGAUCCACCGGUGUCCGCAGGCGAGAGAAGACCCCAACCCACGGCGACCUCAGGCCCGUGUCGAUGCCCGCGGAGUACAACUGGAUGGCUGAGGCAAAGGAGCCCAAUAUGUACAAGAGGGGCAGCCGAGACUCGGACACCUCGCUGCUGCGUUACCUUAGCGACGACAAGAUCCUGGUGAUCCAGGAGGAGGGGGAGCCGGGGCGGGAGUGCAAACGCGACACCAGCCGCCGCUCACGCAAGAAGAGCAAGACUCCCAGCAGCCCCAGCUUUCCCAUCAGCCCCUCGCUGCUGGCGUCCAACGUGCGCCUGGACGCACAACCGCCCGAGGGCUUGCCCUUCCCCCUGUCCGAGAACAACACCAUGCCCUUCUACCACCAGCAGAGAGCUGGGGACACACUACGAGUUGAAACAACAGACACCAGGUACAGUGUCUCUGCGAUCGAGAGACAAACAGGGUCAUCAGGCAGAAAGGUCAGUGAUGGAACAUCUUUUCACUACACCUCCUUGAGAACGAAAACCAAAAAGAGGUCUAAAGGUUCCCUGACCAGCGGGAGUCGCCGGAGGAUCUCCUGUAAGGACCUGGGCCACGGCGACUGCGAGGGCUGGCUGUGGAAGAAGAAAGACGCCAAAGGCUACUUCACGCAGAAGUGGAAAAAGUACUGGUUCAUCCUCAAGGACUCGUGCCUCUACUGGUACCAGAACCAGAACGACGAGAAAGCAGAGGGCUUCAUCAGUCUCCCAGAGUUCAGAAUAGACAGAGCCAUCGAGUGCAGGCGGAAAUUCGCUUUCAAAGCCUGCCACCCUAAAAUCAAGAGUUUCUUCUUUGCCACUGACUGUUUGGAAGAAAUGAACAGGUGGAUGAACCGUCUGGGCCUUGCAGCCAUUGGCUACACACCCGAUGACAAGGUGCCGCGUCCAGAUGAAGACUACUGGAGUGAGAGUGACCAGGAUGAAAUGGACGGGUCCAUGACCUUAAAACAAGACGGACCAUCAUCGCUGUGUGACACCUACCAUCGCACUCCCUCGCUCACCUCCUCGUCCAGCCCCUUCCCCGAGCACCAGGCGCGCCACUUCUCCAGCGACCAGUCCACCACCUACUCGCACUCGUCCGCCGAGGACUCCACUUCGGCCGGCGGCGGAGGAGGAGGCGGAGGAGGAGGCGGCGGACGCUCCACGCACCGCGAGCGCCGCUCCUGGCAGGACCUCAUCGAGACGCCGCUGACCAGCUCCGGCCUGCACUUCCUGCAGACGGUGCCCCCGGGCGGGGGUGGAGGUAGCGGGGGAGAGGGCGAGGUGGGAGACGGUUACGGUAGCGGAGGCGGCGGAGGAGGAGGAGGGUCGGGCGGGCGGUUAUCGAUGUCGCCGGAUCGGCGGAGACAGGCGACGCUGCCCGUGCGCAGGCACCACCACGUGGACCGCGACGGGCCGUUCCCGCUGGUGGAUAGCGCGGGCGAUCGGGGCAGCAGCGGUGGUGGCGCUGGCGGAGGGGAGAAGCACGGGCAUCGGCGCACGCACAAGCAGCGCAGCCAGAGCCUGCCACGGAACCGCGAGCUGCGACCGCCGCGCUCACACACCUCCGCCAGCGCCACGCGGGCACACGCGCACCAGGAGAGGAGCGAGGAUGACGAGGGACCCUCCAACACACACAGCGACGAAGGCAAAGAAGCGAGUGAGGAGCAUGAGGGCAGUAGUGCGGCAUCGGCACCGGCCGAUGGCCUUGAGGAGCUGUACCGCUCUCUGGAGCAGGCCAACCUCUCCGCCCUGGGUGACCUGAGACCCACCACCAAGCAGGAGUUCCGCCGCACCUUCCUCCGUCGCUGCGGUGACCCCGUCGUCAACGACAAGCUGCACCAUGUCCGAGCCCUCAACAGCACACUCAAGGCUAAGGAGGGCGAGCUGGCCCUGAUCAACAAGCUGCUGGAGGACCCACAGGUCACCUCCAAGAAGCUGCGCGAGUGGAAGCAGUGGCACCACGAGCUCUUCCUGGACAUCUGCGAGUUCAGCUCGGCCAACAACGGCGCGGCAAGCGACGCCUCACCCCUCGCCGCCCCGCUGAUGAUGCACACGCACUCCUUCAUCGAGACCCACGUGUAGGGUGCCAUGGAGACGGGGAGGGGGGUGAUGGGGGAGGGGGGGGGGGGUGACAGCCAGAGGAUGCCACUCUGCCACCACCCCCCCCCCCUCCCCCAACCAACCCCCAACCAACCCCCAACCGUCGCCUCUUAAAUUCACCUUUAAAACUCUUUCUUUCUUUUUCUCUUACACUACUGUCUGUCUAUGUUCUUUUUUUAAUUUCUUUUCUUUUCUUUCUGUUGUUCCACACCCGAUGUGACCGACCGACCAACCAACCACUGUAAGAAGUGUACAUACAGCACUGGGUCCUAGCAGCUCCAGAGUGCAUACUGUGGACUCCCCACAGUCCGUGGAAAGCCCCAAAGGGUGCCUAAUGCAUGCCUGAAGAGAAAGUAGUACUCUUCCUCUUUAUUUCUCUUAGUUUGUCGAACUCAGAGUUGUAGAAAUAUCUAGCUCAGUUGCGACCUUGAUCAUAAUUAGAAUUUCUUUACUCUUGUUUUCUUUAGAUCUUUUGGCAUGUGGGAGUGUGAGACUUACUUUUUUCAUUUAUUCCUCUAUGUUCUUUUUUAGAUGGGGUGGGAAUGGGGCUUAGAUGGGGUGGGAAUGGUUGGAUAUAGUAGCAAUACAGAAGUAAAGCAUUUCUGCCACAACACUGUACUUUUUUGUACAGAGCCGGAUUCCCAGCUCUCCCUCCUUCCCUCGGAACGCCCUGCCUUGCCUGCUCGUCUAACUGUGGACUCUCCCCAUGGACACCUCUGCUGAAUUCAAAAUGAGCCGGAGUGUGGAUCCUACUCAAACCUCUCACUGGACACGACUGGACACAGGCGAGCCCCCUGCACUUCAGUCGACCUGGAAAAGAGAAAUAAAGACCUUAAUGAUU